CUCUCUUCACCGCACACACACACACACACACUCCUCGCCAUGGUCAGACUCGAAGAGGUUCGCGAUGCGGAUGCCGCUCAGCAGCAACGACGUGGGGCGAGGAUGGAAGACGACAGCUCGUCGGUCAAUGACAGCGAUUGGGAGUCCUCCUCCGAGCCAUCCGACGACUCGGACGACGAGUACCUCUCCAACGAAAAGUCCUUGGGCGUGUACCGCGAGCCCCUCUCUUCGCGCAUCGCCGCUCUGGCGGACAUUGUUCCUCCUUCUACCCGUCGCUCCAUCUCAUCGGCAGCUAGCAAGGCAUACGGAGUCGCCUCCCUCGGUGGGCGUUUCGCGGGAAAGGCCAUGUGGGUCGUAGCGACUACGGCGCUGCUGGUGGGACUGCCGUACAGUUUGGCUGUCGAGGACGAGGCGAGGUUUGUACAGCAGGAGAGGGAGUUCCAGCAACAGCAGAGUGGGGCGCAAAUGCUUGGUGGGACUGUGGGGCAGCCGCAGGGACAGGGUCAGCAGGGCGGUGGUGGGCAGGGUGGUGAGAUCAGGCCUCCUGGAUUCUAAGCGGGCGACGAUUGCCGCCACUUCGCUGUACUCGAC